AUGAGUGUAACCGAGGACUCUACUGGGAAUGAAUCGCAUCUUCAUACUAACGCUCAUAGCAGUCGCAAUGUUGGCCACAGUAGAUUCCGCUCGGUGGGGAUACGGCUGGAGCAGAUCCGCUCAGAGGAGCUGUUACAGGCGCAGUCGUCGGUGCUAUCACAGAAGCCGGCGCAACAGCCACCACCACCGCCUUUCUACUAUGAUCCUUUCGGACCACCGCCAUUUCAUCGUCCUUUCGGGCCACCACCGCCACCACCUUACUUUGGUCAUUACGGUCUAUACAAUCACGGUGCGAGAAGAGGAGCACAUCAUGGGGCUCUUAUAGGUGCCAUAAUAGGUGCCGCUGCUGGUGCGGGAGGACGGUGA